AUGGUCGAUUUUUCAAAAAUUUCUGAACACUUUCGACGACUUCAUAAAAAGAUGGAAAAAAGAUCACCAGUAACAUAUGUGCAAACACAUAGUGGUUCGCGUUUAAAUUUGCCUAAAAAUACUCUUAAUCCUUUGGGAAUAGUAAAUGAUGUAUUAAAUAAAGUUUGCUCUGGAAAUUUGUCUCGAAAAAGUCUUAAAAGAAAAAUAUCCGAGUAUGAGGAGAUGCAGUGCACGUCUUCAUCUAGUCCUUUUGUUUUUAAUUACAAGAAACCGCGAAUGACAUGUUAUGGACGUUCAUUGCCCAUUACGAGGCUAUUAGAGCAUCUAGAUUCAUCUUCUCUUUGUGACAUUAUACAAACACUAGUCAAUCGGCAUCCUACUUUGCUUUUAGAAGUGGCUAGCUUAUCUUCUCGUCCUGAUUUAUCCUCUGUUAUUAGUACUUUAAAUGGUAUGGAGGAGCAGGUUCGUCGUUCAUUCCCGUAUGGUGGUGAUUCAAUGGGAGAGUAUGCCUAUAAUAGGAUACGUCCUGUUUUACAAGCGCUUAUGGAUGCGUUGUUGGAAUAUACACGUAUUUUUUUGCCUCCUUAUGAGUCAAACAAGAGUCUUACAUUAACUUUUCUUGACCAUAUUACGUCUAUGGCUCAUCGGUUUCCUGAGUGGAAUAACCCUGAGCACAAUUAUAUUAAAGAAGAACUUUAUCAUGAGAUUUCGAGUGCGUGGAUUUCUGUUAUCCUUAGUAUUGGCAAAGAGGGCUGGGGUGGAAUAAAUGGUUAUGAAUGGAUGAAAAAAUUAAUCAAACAUAAUGAAGCAGGAAGAGGCCGGCUUGAAUCUGUUAUAGAUGUGGCUCGUAGUGAAUUGGCAUGUUUUUUCCCUGAAAAGAUUGAGGAUGGUAUAUUUUCUUCGCCAAAUAAUAAGCUUGGUUUCGAUUUUGCUUCUUGUUAUCAGAUAUAA